GUGGCUAGCUACCUAUAAAACUUGGGGAGCUCAAUUGAAAUUAAGCUAAACCUCUUAGUCUUCUUCCUCUAUGUGAUUAAAUAUAAAUAUUAUUUUUUAUUUUUUACUUGAACUUUUAUGAGCUUUGCGCCACCAGACUUUUCUCACAUAACAAUUUUCCAAUAUGGUAACGACGCGUUCGAGUGGUUACGCGAAACUCAAUGGCAAUUCCAAUGGCGUUGUAGCUAAGAAACAAACGAAGAAACGCGCCAGCGAAGAUACGACCGAGGCGGUAACGAAACGUCCGAGACUUGAUGAGAAAACUGACUUGACACGAUGGCGCAUGUUGGAUGAGGAGGGGCGACACACUUGGAAGUAUUUGGAAGAUGACGAGGCCGUAAAGGAAUGGCCACAAAGUUAUGCCGACAAAUGGUAUCUGGGUUUAGAUACUGAGCUUCCCGAUCUACCAAAGCCCACAAAGCCAAUCGAAUCCGUUGUCAAUGGCUUGUCAUUCUUCGAGAAACUUCAAUUGCCUUCAGGCCAAUGGGGAUGCGAGUACGGCGGUCCAAUGUUCCUCCUAUCGGGCGUUGUCAUUGCCUGGUACGCGACGAAAACACCGAUUCCCUGGUACGUCGCCACGGAGAUCAAGAACUACUUAUUUGCAAGAGUGAAUCCCGAAGACGGAGGGUGGGGUCUGCACAUAGAGGGCGAGAGCACCGUUUUCGGAAUUUCAUUGAACUACGCAGUUCUACGUAUUGUUGGUGUAGAUCCGGAACACCCAGUAAUGGUUAGGGCUCGCGGAACUUUACACAAGCUUGGAGGAGCUACACAUGCUCCCCAUUGGGCCAAAUUCUGGCUGAGUGUAUUGGGCGUUUGCAAAUGGGAUAUUGUCAACCCUAUCCCCACCGAAAUCUGGCUACUACCUGAUUGGGUUCCCUUUGCCCCUUGGCGAUGGUGGAUCCAUAUACGUCAAGUAUUUCUACCCAUGGGCUAUAUCUACGACAGGAAAUGGUCUUGUGAAGAGACUGAUAUCAUUCGAGGGUUGAGGCAAGAGUUGUUUGUCGAACCAUGGGAUACGGUCGAUUGGGCCGGCAAUCGGAACACCAUAAGCUCCAUCGACAACUUCCACCCAAAGAGCUGGCUUCUUAAUACUGCCAACUGGUUUCUGGUCAAAAUUUGGUACCCCUAUCUUCGCACUCAGGGGCUUGGUCAAAAGGCUGAGGAUUGGGUUAGCAAGCUCAUUGAUAUGGAAGAUGAGAACACGGAUUUCGCCGAUCUCGCUCCAGUCAACGCCGCGAUGAAUACGGUGGUCUGCUAUAUCCGCGACGGCCCAGGCGCAUACACGGUGCGUAGACAUAUUGAGAGGCUAGAGGAUGCAUUGUGGGUCAACCGUGAAGGCAUGUUUUGCAAUGGCACAAAUGGCGUGCAGUGCUGGGAUACUGCGUUCUUAAUCCAGGCCGUGACAGAUGCGGGUCUCGAGCUACACCCCCGUUGGAAGCCGAUGUUGACGAAAGCUCUAAAGUUCCUAGACAACCAACAGAUUCGCGAGAACUGCAAAGAUGCAAAAGUUUGUUAUCGGCAGCAAAGAAAGGGUGCCUGGGCCUUUAGCACGAGGGAUCAGGGAUAUGCCGUAUGUGACUGCAUUUCAGAAGCAUUGAAGUCGGUCAUAUUGCUACAAAAAACGCCUGGAUACCCACAACUCCUCGACGACCAGCGAAUAUUUGACGCUAUUGACACGCUCCUAACAUAUCAAAAUAAAUCUGGUGCUUGCUCCUCCUAUGAGCCGACUAGAGGGAGCGAGUUGUUGGAGAUGCUCAACGCAGCAGAAGUGUUUGCCAAGAUCAUGGUGGAAUAUGAUUAUGUUGAGUGUACGACCGCGGUUAUCACUGCGCUGUCGCUGUUUCAAAAGCACUGGCCUGAUUACAGGUCGGAAGAGAUCAAGGCUUUUAUCGGCCGGUCCCUAGGAGCAAUCAAGAAACUGCAACAACCGGAUGGGUCAUGGUAUGGUAACUGGGCUAUCUGCUUCACCUAUGCGACAAUGUUUGCCUUGGAAAGUCUAAGGAGUAUCGGUGAGACCUAUGAGAAUAGUUCUGCCGCAAAAAGAGGUUGCGACUUCCUGAUUUCUAACCAACGAGAUGAUGGAGGUUGGUCAGAGAGCUAUCGCUCGUGUGAAAGGAUGGUGUAUACCGAACACCCAACAGGCUCACAAGUGGUCAUGACCGCUUGGGCCUUAAUAGGUCUGAUGAAAGCUGACUAUCCGGAUAUCGACCCCAUAAGAAAGGGCAUCAAACUCAUAAUGGAUAGACAGCAACCAAAUGGCGAGUGGAAGCAAGAAGCCAUCGAAGGCGUCUUCAACAAGAGUUGCAUGAUAUCGUACCCGAACUACAAGUUUACGUUUACGAUGAAAGCCCUAGGGAUGUUUGCCCAAAAGUACCCUGACGAGACGGUAGUUUAAUGAUGUUGAGUUUGAAAACGAGGAUGAGGCGGUUUCUCCAUGAGACGGACGAGUGACGCUGGGAGGAUUUGCUUUGCCUUACGGAUAACGGAAAACUAAUAUGAAUAAUUUUUAAUGCUACUCAUGAUAAGGCGUUACACCUCAUGGGUAAGUUAGCCAUCAUUUGUUCGCAUCAAAGUUACCACCCUAGGUACCCUAUAAAGAAGAGCCAAGGGGUUCAAGUUGAAGGAUCUCACUGACGUAGCUACCUUUCCUAGUAGGUACUAGAUAGGUGUAUGUAAUGAUCC